AUGGGUCGCUCACUAAAUCCAGCACACUAAUCCCCUUCAAUUUGCCUCUCUAACUUGGACAUUACUGGCUUAGCGUGCAAAACGACACGUCUGGCAGCCAAUGGCGGGGUGUAGGUUAAUAAUGCAAUGAAGAGGCGUGGCCAGAUGCUGGGGAGCUGGGCUAGCAGCGGUGGCGGCGGUGGGAAUGGUGUUGUUAAGAUGGCGGCGCUGCAGGAGGAGCGGAGUUACGGGCUGUCCUGCGGAAGGGUCGGUGGGCGAGUGUCAGUGUUCCACGUCAAGCUCACCGACAGUGCCCUGCGGGCCUUUGAGAGCUACCAGAGAUGCCAGGCCUCCAUAAGUUUGAAGCCAGCCAUCCGUUUUCAAGGAAGUCAAGGGCAAAUCACGAUUCCUCAGCCAGACAGCCCGUCGGAUGUACGUAAAUUCACGUUCUAUCUGUCAAAUGUUGGCAGGGACAGCCCCCAAGGCAGCUUUGACUGCAUCCAGCAGUACAUCCAAAGCAAUGGAAAUGUCAAGCUGGACUGUCUGGGCAGUAUCCAAGAUAAAAUCACGAUAUGUGCCACAGACGACUCGUAUCAGAAGGCCCGACAGAGUAUGGCGCAGGCCGAGGAGGAGAACAAGAGCAGAAGUGCCAUAGUUAUCAAAGUAGGCGGCAGAUAUGCAGGCAAAAAAGUCCAGGUCCGCAAGCCUGCCCCAGGAGUCCCUGAUGCGGUUCCUUCCCGGAAGCGACCUACUCCUGUUAACAUUGCCGGUGCGAUCAAGAAAAGCGCGUCAGGCUUAUCACAGCGGCCCUUAAAGGACAGAGUGAUGCACUUACUGGCCCUUAAGCCAUACAAGAAGCCUGAACUCAUACUGCGCCUUCAGAAGGAUGGGUUGUCCGUUCAGGACAAGGAUUCUCUGGAUAGCCUCCUGCAACAGGUGGCCAGUCUGGGUGCCAAAGACUGCACUUAUACCUUGAAAGACUGUAUGUAUAAGGAUCUGCAGAAAGACUGGCCUGGCUACUCCGAAGGAGACCAGCAGCUGCUAAAAAGGAUACUAGUCCGGAAGCUCUGCCAGCCACCCAACCCUGCUGGACAGUCUACAAAUACUGCUCCAUUGAGCCCUUCCAAAGACAAUGUGAAUUCCUCGUCCCCUUUCCCUCAGAAGCGGACUCCAGACUUCAUUGACCCAUUGAAUAACAAGAAGCCUCGGAUUUCCCACUUUACUCACCGAUCUCAGCCUCCUUUGAAUGGAAAGCUGAAUUCAUCGAACGGGAAGGAUGCUUCGUCUGCCUAUAACCAGCUGCUUUCCUCUGAUCCAGUCAGUUCCAGCUCUCACCUGCCAGCUCCUCACCAACCCCAUCAAGAUCCCAGCGCAUCGGAUACCCAGCAUAGUGACUUUGUGAGCCAGGAGGCCUCUGAGAGGCUAGGCCACCCACCUCAGACAGACUUCACUGCUGAGGCCACACAGAACUCGAACACCCCUCAUGGGAAACCCAAACGGAAAUCCAAAAAGCACAAAGAGAAGCAACGAGCCAAGGAGAAGAUAGCCGAGAACAAGCAAAACUGCAACUUCGUGAAGGACUCUGGCUUAAUGGGGAGAUCUCCCCAGGAUACCAUAGAUUUGAAUGGGCCGUGCAGUAAUUCCAGUGUCCCAACAUCCACGUCGGAAACGCCGGAUUAUUUUUUGAAAUACACAGCAAUUGCAUCUCAGGAGCAGCGGCAGAGUUACAAAAACGACUUCAACGCGGAGUACAAUGAAUACAGGGACUUGCAUGCCAGGAUAGAACGGAUAACGCGCAGGUUUACACAGCUGGACUCUAAGCUCAAACAGCUCUGCCAGGGCACAGAGGAAUACAAGACCAUUCAUGAUCAGAUAUUACAAGAGUACCGCAAAAUUAAAAAGACUAACCCAAACUACAGCGAAGAGAAAAACAGAUGUGAAUAUCUGCACAACAAACUGGCACACAUAAAGAAACUGAUUGCACAGUACGACCAACAGCAGUUGCAGCCUUGGCAUUAACGCGCAAGACCAGGUAGCAGACACUUUGCACCUGGCAGGAUUACUGUAUUUUUCUCCUUUUGUUCUACAAAUAAUAAAACCUUAUCCUUAAAACAAAUCAACAAAAAAAAUGCCGUUUACAGUACUUGCAGUUAAUAAGGAAAAGGGACCGGCUAUUCCAUUGUGACUUCAACCAUCUCCCACUUAAAACUUUUUUUUUCUUUCCCCCGUUCACUUUAACCUAUGCUGACUUAUUAAUACAAGAUUUUUUUUUUUCUGACUUCUCCAUUCAGAAAAAAAAUGCCAAAAGGAGAAUUCUUUUUAUUUUAUGGAUUAUUGUUGGAAACAGAUAAUAAAAUAUAAUGCAUUUAAAUAUUUCCAGGGAUUUGUAUUGAUACCCAAUAGUACUGAAUAUCUCGUGCUGUUGGACUUAUUGCUUACAAUUGUAAUAUUGUAAUAUUAAAAAAGGGCUUUUUAUACCCACAUGGGA